AACAGGAAAUGUUCUUCAUGUUUUUAUGUCUUUUCUUUUGUAAACAGUUCGUUUUUACAUUGAUACACUGAUUCUGUCUUUGUGGACUCAAUUAAAACAACAACAACAAACAUUCGAAAAAUACUCGAAUGGUCCUCGACAUGAUAAUUAUCAUGUUGUAUUUGACUGUAUCGAGCGACAGGUUAAGAGGCCUGCAGUUGGAACAUCGCAAUAUUGUCAACAAUAGUAGCUUCUUUCGAGAUACAAUCUAUUAAUAUUUGUGAUGUAUUUCAUCUUUGAUAUCUGUCCCGUUUCUCAGCUUAUACCAUUGACUUUUACGGCUGUUAUAGCUAUUUGCAGAUUAUGUGAUAUAAAAUGAUUUUCCUGUAUUUAUUAUUAACGUUAUAUAGUAUAUCAAUUUAGCUACAACAGAUGUUGCUGGCUUGACAUUUAAAAUAGUUUCGUAAACAGGGAAAAUAUGGCUGACAGACAGUUUAUAAAGCAAUGGGACUUUGUUUAAAUAAAGUGUUUCACCAUGAAAUGGAUUCUCUAGUACAUGGAUUUCAUAAACUUCAGAAAAGCAGAAAGUCUGUCUGCAAAAUUCCGGAUGUGCAAAUAACAAAAGAACACCAACGUGUCCAGCCACGAUCCACGUCAAUAUCGUCACGUGGAAGUAUAUCAACAGUGUCACGUGGCAGUAUAAAGAGCGAUCCUUUUGCAGGCUACGAGGACACAAGUAGUAUAAGUGCACGGAGUGACACGAGCGUAGAUAGCUAUGUUUUUGAUCCUUCUUUUGGUGCUAUACGACCCGACUUAUAUCCGAGGAAAGACGCUGUGCUACAACAAUCCUCCGUAGACAGAAGUUUUGGACGUCUUCAUAUACGUCUUAAAUAUGACUUCAGAACAUCAGACCUUGUAGUCCAUUUGAUCGAAGCGCAAGAUCUCCCGCCAUCAGAGAAAAUGGAUCCAGACGGCGGCUUCAGUGAUCCCUACAUCAAAGUUAGCAUAGAACCGAUAGUAGAUGAAAGGACCCGCCAAUCCUCCGUAAAACGCAAAACUGCUAACCCCUUCUAUAAUGAGUAUUUUAAAUUCCCGGCAACUUAUGACGUCAUCAAAGAAUCUUCACUGGUAUUUCUAGCAUACGACUACGACAAGUUUUCCCGCCAUAAGUUGAUAGGUGAAGUCCGGAUAGAUCUGUUAAAGGUAGAGACAAGUAACAGUGUGGAGAUGUGGUGUGAUAUACACAAACAAACACAGCAAGAGAGUGCUGAGCUGGGAGAAAUUCUUCUAUCACUGAGUUACUUGCCAACAGCUGAGAGAUUAACUGUAGUUGUGAUGAAAGCCAAAGAUCUAAGAGUGCCAGUUACAACGCCAUCUUCAGAUCCUUAUGUGAGAAUUACACUUGUUGUGGAUGGUAAGAAAGUAAAACGGAAGAAAACAAGUGUGAUGAAAGGAACAUACAACCCUGUUUGGAAUGAAGCCCUCUCCUUCAAUAUACCUGCUGAACUAUUGCCAAAGGUCAUGUUAGAAUGUCAUGUGGUUGAUAAUGACCUGAUUGGUCAUGGAGAAUUUGUUGGCUGUUGUGUAAUUGGGUCAAGGCGAGCAGGGAAUGAGGGCAAACAUUGGAAUGACAUGAUCCAAAACCAACGUAAAUCUAUGGCCAUGUGGCAUCCCUUACACAGAUAGACAGUGCCAUUUUGGACCUUUAUGUAUAUAGUGCCUAGCAGGGUGGUCUUAUUUUAGUGUUGUCUGGCAACACAGAACACAAGGCUAAACAGUUAAAUAAUUAUAUUUAUCAAAAAUAAAGAGACAGAAAUAAUGUAUAUUUUAUAUUUGUAUACUACUAUAACCAAUCUAUUUGCAGAGUGCUUGGUAAUUUUUUGUUUGUGUUUUAUAAGAAAAAUCAGAAUAUCCGAAAUGGGUUUGCUAUGAUAAAAGUUUCAGUAAUUUGAAACUACGAGCCUAGAAAUCUUGAUUUCAAAAAUUCCUCUAAACAUCCGACAUAAAAUGCUUUUAUUCUGUACUGACUAGUGUAAUACAAAUUGAAUGCUCUUUUACUUGAAAAUGGUAUGUUCUGCCAUGCAAUUAGCAUAUUCAAAAUUACCUUGAAAAAUGCAGAUGAUUUCAUAUUUGUGUUGAAGGGAAUUUCUAAUGACUUGAAAUAGGGCAUAGUUCUAUAUAAAAAAUUCCAAUGAAUAUAAACAUAUUACAUCAGAUUCUAGUGUCACUUUCAUACAGAUGACUAUAAAGGACUUGCAUAUUUACCACACAACCAGUGGAAAUUUAACAAUUCAGCCUGAAUUGCAACUGUUUUAAAUUCAUUCAUGUUCUUAUUGUGUUCAUUUGGAGGAUUGGAAAAGUGUUUUAAUAUGAAAAUACCUGUUGAGGUACAACAGACAGUCUGGAGUAUUUAAACCUUAUAAAAGCAUUAUCUGACAGUUUGGAGUACAUAUGACAGAGCAUAGUUAUCAACAUUGGAUUUGAAGCAUGUGAGCUACGUUGGAGUACACAAACCCUUGACAUAAGCCAAUGUUCCGUACAUGUAAGGCAGUAAGCAGUGUCAGAAUCUGUAUGAGACAUUGGAGAAUGUAGCUAUGCUCACUAGACCAUGCCUGUAUACAAAAGGAUGUUAUAACAGUACCAAUGUGCAAUGUUGUAUUC